AUCUAUAAUUCCUCAACACUAAAAGCACCACCCGGUGAGCUUACCCCAGCCUCACUACCCAUCUAUUUCUCUCAUUUAUAAUAAUAAGCAAAGCAAUAGAAAGAAACAACAAAGAGAAAGCCAAGAGAUCUCGUUACUCACCUCCUCCGUCUUCUUCUCGCUCUCCAAACCCUAACCCUAACCCUAGUUCUCCGAUGCCCGACGCACUCCCUUCCUGCUUCCUCGGCGGCGCACCGCCGGAAACCACCGCCGCAGGCCCGAUCAACACCACCUCCAUCUACGACACUCCUCUCGGCCUCGCCGCUCUCUCCUGGUCACGCACUCUCCUCGGUCUCUCCCUCCGAAUCGAUCUCUAUCUCCACGAAUCCACUGACCCCUUCACCGUCCGAGUCCGUCCAUGGCUUCUCUGGCGCCGUCGCGGGCGCCGCCGCAUCUCUCUUUCCAGCCCACAUCCUGGCCAUCUCCUCCUCCUCUCCUGGGACCUCUCCCGCGCCCGUUUCCCCUCUUCCGGCGGCCCCGAACCCUCCUCGUCGUUCUCCCUCUCAAUCUCCCUCGAUUCCCACCCACUCCUCAUCCUCGGCGACAUCCACCACCCUCCACCGCUGAUCUCCCGCCGCGACCUCGCCAUCGUCGGCGACACCAAGCCUUGCUACUCCACCACAGCCCACUUCGCCUCAAAAGAGCACGAGAUCUCCAUCUCCCUCGCCGGCAGCGGCAAAGACAAGGGCUUGAGCUUCGAGCUCGACGGCGAGAAGCUUCUACACGUGCGAAAGAUCCGUUGGAAGUUCAGGGGAAGCGAGCGUGUGGAUCUCGACGACGGUUAUCGGAUCCGGGUCUCAUGGGACCUUCAUCGCUGGUUCUUCGAAUCCGGAUCCGAAACCGACGAAACGGGUCGGGCCGUGUUCUUGAUCCGCUUCGAGGGUGGAUCCGAUAAGGAUGGGUAUUCCGGGAAGGAAGAAUUAUCAGGGGUAUUAUGGGACAAGGAGGGGCAUUUUGGGAAGGGGUUGUGUUGGAGUGAUGGUUUAGAGAAUGGGAAGAGUGGUAGUAGUAAAAGUAAGAAGAAGAAGAUGAAGAGCUUGUUGACGACGAGUUCAUCGUCGUCGUCGUCUUCAUCGUCGUCGGCGAGUGGGUCGUCGGCGGUGAUGGACUGGGCCAGCGCCGAGGAGGCUCAGUUGACCGGCGUGCAUGGCUUUUCUCUAUUGGUUUAUGCUCGCAAGUGUUAAUUUUUAUUUUUUUUAGGUACUUUUUUGCAAUUUUUUUUUGGGGGAGAUUAGUACUGACA